GGGGGGGGGGGGUUUGUGGGGGGGUCGUUGCGCUUUUUUAACAUGUAAUUUGUAAAUGGUCAACAAAAUGUAAAAUAUAAGUGUGGAAGUGAGACCAAGUGUUUGUGGAUUAAAGAUGGCCGCUGUAAACAGGUCAUGCUCCCAGUGUGUUAGUGGGGGGGGGGGGGGUGUAAAUCAGCUGAUCUUUAAGAUCAAUAGAUAAUCGAUGAGUCGUGAGUCUUUAGUGUUAAAGAAGUAGAUUUGAUAAAGAAUCAACUUUCUUUGAUAAUAAAUGGGAUAUUCGUCAUAAAUUAUAAACACGUCAGAACAUCAGAUGUGAAUGAAAUGAAACGCUUUCAUCUGAGGAGCACAGGUCCCCCCCCACCUGUGGACCACCCUCAUGGAGUCUGGUUCUGACCGUUUGAGGCUCCUGCUGUUCCUCCUUGGACACAGGUGGAGGUAGAGGUCCUCCUCCACGUCUCCUGGUAACCUUCGCAGUGAUCAUCCUGGAUGAGCUUCACGUGUGGGCUGUAGACUCCGUUCAUGCCACCUGAGUGAAAGCACCGCCAGCUUUCAACGUGACCAAAACGUCAGCCAGAAGGCUCAGGAACUGAGAAGGUCUGUGGUCUCCACCUGCAGAACCACUGCUUUAUUGGAGGUGUCUGUCUUGCUAAUUUCCUUAACUUCCACCUGAUGUUCAUUUACAGCAUGUGGAAUCGAGUCAGUGUUGUUAGUGUGUGUGUGUGUGUGUAUGUACAUAUAUAUAUUAAUCAUAGGUCUGACGCUGGGCUGUGGGCGGAGCCUCUAUGCUAAUGAGAAGGAAACCAUAUAAACUGCUGCUGCUCAGAGGAGACGGAGCUGAGGAGGAGAAAGACCAGACCAUCAGGUCCAGAAGGUCCAAGAGCUGAAAAUGGGCGGAGCACCUGACCGCGAUCUCAACGCUUCCCUUUGGCUCCUCCCCUGCACUAACGCCUCCUGGCCGUUGGGCGCCAGCCAGCUGGUCCUCGUUGCCGCAGUAACCGCCUCCCUCAGUGCGGUCACCGUGGUGGGAAACACCCUGGUGAUCCUGUCCAUCAAGGUCAACCGCCACCUGCGCACCAUCAACAACUACUUCCUGCUGAGCCUGGCGGUGGCCGACCUGGUGGUGGGCGGGCUUCCCAUGAACCUGCACGCGCUCUACCUGCUGCGGGGCUGCUGGCCCCUGGGGGCCGCCGCCUGCGACCUGUGGCUGGUCACUGACUACGUGGUGAGCAGCGCCUCCGUGAUGAACCUGCUGGUCAUCAGCCUGGACCGCUACUUCUGCAUGACGCGGCCGCUCAGCUACCCGGCGUGGCGGACGGGCCGGACGGCCGGCCUGAUGAUUGGCGCCGCGUGGCUGCUGCCCCUCGUCCUCUGGGCGCCCGCCAUCCUGAGCUGGCAGACGCUGGGGGGGCAGCGCGUGGUCCCUGAGGGCGAGUGUCACACUCGGCUGCUGGCCAGCCCCGCCGUCACCCUGGGCACGGCGCUGCCCUCCUUCUACCUGCCGGCGCUGGUCAUGGUCGGCCUGUACGGCCGGCUGAGCGCGGCCAGCCGCCACCGGCUGAGUGCGUCCGGUCUGUCUGGGCGAGACUUCUUCCUGAAGCGCCGCAGCCUGGUGACCAGCGACCCCGACUCCGACGCCUCCCUCAGCCAGUCGGACCGAACCCCAAAGUCCGGGAGGAGCCAGAAGGCGUCCGCAGGCAACGCCGCAGGGCCGCAGCCACGUGGCGCUCGGGCCGCCGCUCGCCGCGCUGGGUGCGAGGGCUUCCUACCCAGCGCGGACACGGACUCCUCGUCCAACGCUGACCUCCACCGGAGGGCGUCGGCGACCUCCUGCCCCAGCUUCAGGUCUCAGGACAGACGCAGACGUCGGGUGAUGGCGAGGGAGAGGAGGGUCACCAAAACCAUCCUGGCCAUCGUGCUGGCCUUCAUCCUCACCUGGACGCCGUACAACGUCAUGGCCGUCGUGGCCACCUUCUGUCACGUGUGCGUCCCGGGCGCCCUGUGGACCACGGGCUACUGGCUCUGCUACGUCAACAGCGCCAUCAACCCCGCCUGCUACGCCCUCUGUAACGUCACCUUCAGGAAGACCUUCUGCAGCCUCCUGCGCUGCCGCCACAGGAGGCUGUGACCAGUCAAUCAGGACAAAUACGACAUUACCCAUUGGUCCAAUCGACUGGACUCAACUGACCAGGACGCCGUCCAUCGUACGUGGUCCAACUAAGUGGAUCAAACCAGACUUGAGUCUUCAGGAUCAUCUCCUUCCAAAGGGAGGAACCAUGAUUCUGUAACCGCACGAUGGCAGAUGAAGACGAAUGAAGACGAGAUGAUGAUGAUGAUGAUGGAUAUGUUGACAUUAUGUGUAUUUGAAUCCUUUGUCAUAUGAAUUGAAUGUAUUGUCUCACAUGACCUCACAGUCCUUCCUGGGGGAGGAUCCUCCUCCAACCUUCUCACUGAGCUUUCUUUCCUGGUCUCCACAUGAAGGGUUUUCAUGUGUCGGGGAGGUCUUCCUGUCUCAUGUGUCGACUGUAAAGCCCUCUGAGGCUAAUUUGUCAUUUUAAAUGUUCGAUGUGAGGGUUUAAAUGUAACGGCUCAUUUUAAUGCCUCAUCGCUCUAAUCCAUCAGAUAAUGUUUCUUUAAAUGUUCCUGCUGGCAGGAGGCUUCAUGGAUGCAUCUUCAUCCAAUGAGAGUAAUGAUCAACUUUAGAAUAAGGAGAUAAAAACCCAGCCCAAAGCCAAAAGUCUAAUUGACAGUUAUGAGGAUGUUUGUACUGUAUCGUACAUGUUUGUGUGUAGAAGGACACAUAGAACUAGUUUUAAUGUGUGUGAAUCAGUGGAUCCAUUAUUCAGAAUCAAUUAAGUUUUUUAAGUGUCAAAUAGGAGUCUGCAGGACAGCAGAUGCCUUAACAAAACAAAACCUGCCUCAAGUCUAGUUUAGUGACACAAAAGGUCAAAGACAAAAAUAUCUCACGAAAGGUCAGACACAAGACGUCAUUAAAUCUACUUCCUGCUGCGCAAAAUGUGGUAAAACAAAAAGAAUGUAACCUGUGCAAGGUUUUAUUCUACAGUUCAUCCAUCGUGUCCUUAAUUUUUAGUUAUUAGUUUACGACUGAAAAUAAUUCCUCAAUCUGAUUGAAACAGCAUCAUCUCCUUGACUGAAGGAGAUGAGGAAAGGAAGAAUUGGAGCUCCUUUCCUCAUCAUUUCAUGGUCAGCCUCAGUUUAUAUAUAUAAAUUAGGGCCGGGACUCGAUUAAAAAUAUUAAUCUAAUUAAUUAGAGGCUUUGUAAUUAAUUAAUUGAAAUUAAUCGCAUUUUGAUUGCCUAAAUAUUUGACCUGAGAACGGAGAGAAGUAAUUUUUUUCACAUGGAUUUUUAUUUUUGUUCAACCAAUUCCAGCAGACAAGUGUGUUGUGUUGUGGAUUCCAGCCUGAGAAUCUAUGAGAAUUGAUGUUGGAUUCAAAAGCAUCAACAGGUGUGUGGUGGAACAGUGCAGGGAGAUAGCAGGAAGGCUGAAGUGUGGAGGAUCCUCAGUUCAAACCUGCUCUCUCAGAAGGAGGGUUUGGUUGCAGUCAGGGCUUCAAACUGUAAACUUUGAAACAGUUUUGAGGUUUAGUAAACAAUCCCAAGGUCUAAUAUGAGAAACGGACACAAUGAGGCAUGUGCUUGAAUAGCACAGGGGAACAACUGAAGGGCU